CCUCAGGCCAAAACCUUAGGCUUUGGCGGCUUUGGCCCUUGCCUUCUCAUUCUCUUCAGAGAGUUCUUCAGUAAAAGCCAUCAUUUCGAAAGAGUGCAGAGAUGGUUUUGUCAAACAGAAGGCUGAAGCAAAAGCUAAGAGAAACACUAGCUCAAUCCUUAGCAGAAUCGGUAGCUAAAGCCGACCCGCAAACUGAUGGGUCAGAAAACCCAGACCCGAAUUCGGAGCCCCAGUCGCUGAAAGUGCUCCUGGACUCUGCAACCCAGAAACCCAGAUUGUCCAAGCGAGAGAAACGUAGAAAGCUCCUUGCUUUGCGAGGUUCAGAGGCGGUGAGUGGGAGUGGCACUGGUGGCAAUUUUGAGGAAAACAAGGGCGAGGAAGAUAAAAGGGAAGUUGAGUCGGAGGAUUUGGGGGAUGAGAAAAAGGAGGAGAAGAAAAAGAAGAAGAGGAAGAGAGAUGAGGAGGAAAACAAUGGAGUUUUGAGUUCAGAGGAAAAUGAGGUUGUGAAGGAGGCUAAAAAGCCAAAGAAAAAGAAUAAGACGAAGAAGAAGAAUAAGAAGAGAAAGAAGGAGGCAAAGAAUGAGGAAGAGAAAAAGGAUGGUGAGCUUGGGAGUGAGGAGCAAAGUGUCAAAGAGACAAAUAAUAACAGUGAUAGGCAAACGAAUGGGGAUGUUCCUACAAAAGUUUAUGUUGGAGGCAUUCCUUAUUACUCGACCGAGGACGAUAUUCGAAGUUACUUUGAAAGCUGUGGCACAAUAACUGAAGUUGAUUGUCUGAGGUUUCCUGACAGUGGGAAGUUUAGAGGAAUUGCUAUUAUUAGCUUUAAGACAGAAGCUGCUGCUAAACGAGCCUUGGCUCUUGAUGGAGCUGAAAUGGGUGAACUAUUUCUGAAAAUCCAGCCUUACAAGGCAACUCGAGCCAAUAAAGUAUCUGAUUUUGCCCCACAAAUUGUGGAGGGGUACAAUAGAAUCUAUGUUGGAAAUUUGUCGUGGGAUAUUACUGAGGAUGAUCUGAAGAAACUUUUUUCAGAUUGCAAGAUAUCAUCUAUACAUUUUGGUAUGGAUAAGGAAACAGGGGAAUUCCGAGGUUAUGCUCAUUUGAAUUUCUCUGAUAGUCUCUCGCUGACGCUGGCAUUGAAGUUAGAUCAGAAGGUUGUAUGUGGAAGACCUGUCAAGAUAAGCUGUGCAGUACCUCUGAAAAGAGCAGGGACCCCUUCAAAUUCUGCACCUACAAAUUCAAGUACUCAUUCAAUAUCAGUAGCCCCAACCACAGGUGCCAAUUCGAUACCAGUAGCUAUAACUACAGAUACAGGAGCUGAUAAUACUGAGUUGAGUACCGUCAGUGGUAAGAUUAAGAGAAGGACAUGCUACCAGUGUGGUGAAAAGGGACAUCUCUCAUCCGCUUGUCCAAUGGCAUCAACUACGUUUUCAAGUACCCAUUCAAUUGCUGUAACUACAACUACAAGUGCCGAUUCGAUACCAGUAGCUACAACUACAGAUACAGGGGCUGAUGAUAUUGGGUUGAGUGCCGUCAGUGGUAAGAUUAAGAGAAGGACAUGCUACCAGUGUGGUGAAAAGGGGCAUCUCUCAUCCGCUUGUCCAAUCACAGCAACUACGUUUUCAAGUACCCAUUCAAUAUCCAUAGCUACAACUAUAAGUACUGAUUCAAUACCAGUUGCUGCAACUACAAGUACCAAUUCGAUACCAGUAGCUACAACUACAAGUACCAAUUCGAUACCAGUAGCUACAACUACAGGAGCUGAUAAUGGUGGGUUGAGUGCCAUCAGUGGUAAGAUUAAGAGAAGGACGUGCUACGAGUGCGGUGAAAAGGGUCAUAUUUCUUCAGCUUGUCCAAAGAAGCAAUCUGCUGAUAACAAUGCAAGCAUGCAGGCAGUGUCCUAAGUUUUCCUGUUAACUAUAUGUAGGAAAAACAUAUUAUCCUUCUCAUCAAACUAUUAUUUUUUCAAAUAGGCUGAAAAGCCAAAGAUUGCAGCUUAGUUUGAGGCAAAGAUUUGUAGUACUGAGAUGUUUCUUUCUUAUUGAUAAAGCAAAUUUUGAUUCUUGCUUAAA